GGGAAACUCUUGUUCUUUUAACAUGUGGAACUACUGAAGUCUGGAUUUUGCUCACAUUUAAAGAAGGCGUUACAGAAGGAAGCUAUAGGAACAAUGGGGAACCUUCAGUACUUUUCUGUAUUCAUAGUGGUGUUGCUCUGCAAUUGUGAGGCUAAAAAACAUGUCAGCAGUUCUGAAUCCCUCAGCCGCAAGUAUAUUAAGCACAAGUGGAUGGAGAAAUUAGAAGAUAGCAGGCUUCUGUCAUCUAUAUCAAUCCCUGGGACACACCAAAGCAGCAAACACUUAAAAACGUCCAAACCAAGGUUUCAAUCGUGGGUUCUGCACAACCAGCUGGAUGCUGGCGUUCGCUUUUUUGAAUUGUCUGUGUCUUCAAACACCAUCAAGUAUGAUGGUUCUGAAGGAGUUCAGGAAUCGGAGACGCUUUCUUAUGUCUUGAAAACUCUGCUGACAUUUCUUGCAAAGCAAGACUCAGAGACGGUGUUGCUAAGAAUCACCCCAGAUGAGGGUGCUGUUGCUCAAGUCACUGAAAAGUUAAACCGUAAAAAAAGUGAAGUGUGGGAAGACAAUGAGAUUCCAACAAUGGGCCAGGUGAGAGGCAAGAUAGUCUUGAUUCAAAGUUCAACAUUAAAAUUAGGACUUCCUAUUCAAAUAACAGAACUGGAUGGAGAUGCAAAAGAAACGCAAAUGAGACAAAACAUCAAGUUAGCUUCAGAAAACUGUGAUCAGGAGAUGCGGCUCUCAUACAUCGGGGCCAAAGGAGAAUCAGAGGACCCGCUUGAAAUCGCAAAAACACUGAAUAAACCAGUUGACGAUUACCUCCUGGAUCUUAAAGGGGACACCAGUAGACCAAAUUGUGUGGGAAUUAUUGCCAUGGACUUCCCUGGUCCAAAGGUCAUUGAAACAAUCAUCAAUUUUAAUGGGAAAUUAGAACAGGGCUCAAAGCUAGUAGAUGACACAAGUAGCAAAGAUGAUGUUGCCUUACCCAAUUCUACUCCAGGAGGUGAAAAUACUGGUGGAGAUGAUGGUGGAGGUGAAGAUACUCAUCUUGAAGGAGAUGAACAUACUCACAAUCAUGAAGAUGACCAUACUCACAAUCAUGAAGAUGACCAUACUCACAAUCAGGAAGAUGACCAUACUCACAAUCAGGAAGAUGAC